GCUCCGUGUAUCUCUCGCUAUCGUUGCCGUUAUUUGCGAGAGAUAUUUGUGCGUGAUUAAAGUGUAUGUGUGUACGUGAUCGGAAUGCAGUGCGUGUUACGAAUAUCGGAAUAUGUGAAUCGUGUGUCUUGUGUGGUGUGUGGUGCAUGGAGUACCGGGCGAUCCGGCCUCUGCAGAUCUACCGGAGUUCACGGAGUGCCGAGGAAACGUCGUCUUCGCUUGUUUUGGAUAUUUUCCCGGAAAUGCUGCCAGGCUACGACACGCGCGAGUUCGUCGCCAGGUGCAUGUGGCAGAUAUACAACGGGUCGACGUUGGAGGAAGCCAAAGUCCGGGGAUAGCAGUACGAGUACGUCGAGCCGGCCAGGGUAUUGCAGUCUGCUCCGCCGGUUGCUCCGAUGCCUGCAAGUUCCUCCAGUAGAAAGGCAUCACUCCAGGAUCGAGGAAACGAUGUACAUCGGAAACGGGCACUUUGUCACUGCCGAACGGAAAUUUUGGAAGUCAGUCGCACUUUGCUUUGUCCGAAGGAUCGCGGAUCCGGAAAUCAUCGCGGAAGACAAAACCGCGUUCGCUCCAUGAAUCGUGCGACCGAAACUUGGAGAUUGUGCGAAACCAACAAAUUCGAUUCGUAUUAACCUUCAUAGGCUGUUGAAAUUGAUUUUAUGCCAAAUUGAUCCACGUUUAAUGCAGUUUAUUGUAAGGAGAUUUAAUUUAUUAUUAAAAAAUUCGAAUUUUGGAAAUAAAUUGUAUUACGUUACAGAAAUAAAAUCAAGAAAUAUUGAGGAUAGAAAAUAAUUUCUAUAAUCUUAAUUAGAAAUUAAUCAAUUUUGCGAUGGGUCCAUGAAUGGCCUAUGAAACUUAAAUACGCGAAUUAAAUACGGUCGCGUGUGUCGCGUCGUUCAAUCGAGAGUCUCCGUCGAAUGCAAUGCCGGCGAAUAUCACACAACGAUUAUCGUCGCCGAUUAUUAGCAAGCGGAUUUCGAUGCACGACACCAAACCGAUCGAUCAAUCACGCGCGGAAACGCGAGCAACGAGAGCGCGGAGAGGAGCACGAACCGAUCCUCGCGACAGCCGGAACGACUCUGCGCGUAAAUAAGUUAUUUCGAAAAAUACCAUGACGCGCGUACAGGUGAGGGGAGGGGGGGGGGAAGGCGAGCUCGCUUGUUUACGAUGUCGACGCUAGGCGCCAAGACGCCGUAGGCGUGGAUUCCCGGAACGGCUUUGUUUAUUAUGUACGUUUACGGCUCGUUUCCUGACGAAGAAUUAACUCGUAGCUACGUACAAUCGUGCUACCUAUAUUAUCACGACGAAUAUUUUAUGCACAUCGAUCUUUAAUUCUCUCUCCUCUGUCAAGCAUACACGCGCGGAAUUUUCCCACGAACGCGCCUUCGCGAAGUAUCGUGGCGUCUUGGAAGCCUUUUUUACGUCGCGACAAGAGUGACGAAUAAGUCACUUUUAAUUCAAGGCGCGGCAAUUAAUUGUGUAAUCAAAAACGACUGAUUUCGGCGUGCUACGUCCAGCGAAAAGCUCGCCGUACGCGCUUCGAGCCUCUCGAAGGCACUCGCGAUGAUUAUUCUCGCGGUAUAUGUCGGGGA